GCCGGGACCGGGAUAGCUGAGCGGGAUGUAGCAUUCAUAUCUGACGAUGGCUGGAGAGUCGAGCGUCGCCUGUCCAUCAUGGGUCGGAACGCGUCCCGGCUACAAUAUCAUAUGUCUUCAAGUACGCGACAACUAUUCGGAGGGGCGAUCGUGACGGAGGCACCUUCAGGGCUGGUCGAUGCAUCGUAUUCGAUUUCCUCGGCCUGUGUCUUCCCCUUAUGUUUUCUUAGUGAUCUACGGCAAAUACCUGAUAAUCAAGAGGUGUUUCUUUAUCCUGCCUCAGCAGUCAGCAUCAUCGUGGAGAUAUUAGAACGCGUGGAAUCCUCCGAGGACGAUGCAGCAAUCAGAUUCCACUUUGAUUCCCUUGCUCACGACAAUUCGGCAUCGUCGACAACAGUCAACUCAGUCUCAUGCAUUCCAAAUGGACACGGGGAUCAGACACCACACGCGAUCAUCCUUACAGGCUCGCAGUCGGUGGCUAAAUUCAACAAACAGGAGCAAGAUCAUGUGCGCAUCCUAAUGGCAUUGUUCCGUGUGGAACACAAGCACGUAGACUUGGUGGUUACAUUCAAUGUUCCCUCAGAGCCUAGCGAAUCCAACGGGGAUACCAUGUGGAAUGAAAUGCAGCGCGAUUUUGACGCGUUCGUGCGAGCCCUCCGCAUAAUUGAUUUCGGACUGUUUGUUUAGCACUUACCAAUAGGAAAUCUUGUCUGGUUGGUUGAGGUUCUGCAGACCAGUCUCUUGAAUUGCAUCUUACGCAGCUCACAAACGGUGCCGAGCUCGUGUUCCGAAGGUGAUAUGGUGUUUU